AUCUCUAACUCUAACUAGUCUGUGCUUGUUCUCUUAUUAGUCUGUGCUAUCAAUUAAAAAUAAAUUUGACUAUGAUACGAAACAUUUUAUGUGUUCGUGUUUUUGUAAAGGUUUAAAUAAAAAUAAAAGCCAUGUUAAAGGAUAAAGGGCAAGUCACCUUUGAGGAUAAAUGGCCCAAUAUGCGUCCUAUAGUUUUAAAGCUCCUAAAACAAGAACCGGUAACCCAAAUAGAAUGGCAAGAUCUGUUUGGUGCUGUGCAUUCUGUUUGUUUAUGGGAUGAACGGGGGCCUUAUAAAUUAAGAGAUGCACUCCAACAAGACAUAAUGAUGUACAUCAAGCAAGCACAGGCUCGCGUGCUAGCACAACGCGAAGAUCAGGCUCUUCUUAAAGCCUACAUAGCAGAGUGGGGAAAGUUUUUUACACAAUGCAACUAUUUACCUACACCAUUUCGGCAAUUAGAAAAUUCAAUAAAUAAUAUCAGUAAAGUUACAAGUUCUAGUACAUCAAAUUCUCAAAAGAAAAACAAUAAUAACAACAUUGAAGACAGUCUAGUUCGUAAACUCAUGUUGGAUUCUUGGAAUCAAAGCAUUUUUAUGGACAUUAAACAAAGACUUCAAGAUUCUGCAAUGAAGUUAGUCCAAGCAGAACGUAAUGGAGAGUCUUUUGAUUCUCAGCUCGUUAUUGGUGUCAGAGAAUCCUAUGUCAACCUCUGCUCAAAUCCAGUAGAUAAACUUCAAAUUUAUAGAGAUAAUUUUGAAGCAGCGUAUAUGCAAGCUACAGAAGAAUUUUACAAAUUAAAAGCAAAUGAACACUUGUUAACCAAUGGAGUGCAGUCAUACAUGAAGUAUGCUGAUCAAAGAUUGAAAGAAGAAGAAGCACGAGCACAUAGAUACCUGGAACCAGGAAGUGGUAGUGUUGCUGCUCUCACACAGUGUUGUGAAAAAGUACUUAUUGGAGAACAUUUACCUACAUUAUUAGCAGAGAGUGCACCUCUUAUCAAGGCUGGAGAGACAGAGAAACUACAACUUAUGUUUCGUUUAUUAGAUAGAGUCCCUGAAGGUGUGACACCUAUACUUCGGGAUUUAGAAGCUCAUAUAGUAUCAGCAGGGCUAGCAGAUAUGGUAGCAUCAGCUGAUAUCAUAACUACAGACUCAGAAAAAUAUGUCGAGCGAUUGUUGGAUCUCUUUAAAACUUUCAGUUCAUUGGUUAAGGAUGCAUUUAUGGAUGAUCCUCGUUUUUUAACAGCUAGAGAUAAGGCAUACAAGUGUGUUGUCAAUGAUACAACUGUCUUUAAAUUGGAAUUGCCUUCCUCAGCCCUAAUUCGUGGUAGCAAAGGUACUGCACCUGAGAGCAAGUGCCCUGAAUUGCUUGCUAAUUACUGUGAUAUGUUGUUACGUAAGACACCAUUAAGUAAACGUUUGACCAGUGAGCAAAUUGAAAGCAGACUCAGAGAUGUAUUGUUAGUUUUAAAAUACAUUGAGAAUAAAGAUGUUUUUAUGAGAUAUCACAAAGCCCAUUUAACAAGGAGAUUAAUACUAGACUCUAGUGCAGACUCUGAAAAAGAAGAGGAUAUGGUGGAAUGGCUUCGUGAAGUAGGCAUGCCUGCUGAUUAUGUUAAUAAAUUAGCAAGAAUGUUCCAAGAUAUUAAGGUCAGUGAAGAUCUUAAUACACAAUUUCGAGGAGAAACUACUCGCCAUGAUGCAAUCAAUAUAAAAAUCCUUAAUGCUGGAGCUUGGGCCCGUGGAUCUGAAAGAGUUACUGUCAGUCUUCCUUUAGAACUGGAGGAUUACAUUCCUGAGGUAGAGGAGUUUUAUAAGAAGAAACACUCUGGACGUAAAUUGCAAUGGUAUCAUCACAUGAGUAAUGGCACUAUAACUUUUGCCAAUUCAGUGGGUCGAUUUGAUUUAGAUGUAACAACUUUUCAAAUGGCAGUCCUGUUUGCAUGGAAUCAAAGGCCAUUGGAAAAAAUAAGUUACGAAAAUGCAAGACUCGCUACUGAGUUGCCAGAUCCUGAAUUGAGAAGAACUUUGUGGUCUUUAGUAGCAUUCCCGAAACUAAAAAGACAAUUGUUAUGUUAUGAACCUGCUGUUCAAAACCCUAAAGAUUUUGCUGAAAACACUACAUUCUGGGUAAAUCAAGAAUUUGCCCUGAUAAAGAAUGGGAAACCACAAAGAAGGGGUAAAAUUAAUUUGAUUGGAAGACUUCAAUUAAGUACUGAAAGAUCACAGUUAGAAGACAAUCAUUCUAUUGUACAAUUAAGAAUAUUAAGAACUCAAGAAGCAAUAAUUAAGAUAUUAAAGAUGAGGAAACGCAUAACUAAUACAGCUCUGCAGAGUGAACUAGUUGAAAUUUUGAAGAAUAUGUUUCUGCCUUCAAAGAAGAUGAUAAAAGAACAAUUAGAAUGGCUAAUUGAACACAAGUACAUGCGUCGUGAUGAUGAAGAUAUCAACACUUUUAUUUAUAUGGCCUAAUAUUCCUUAUUUGAAGUGUACAUUAAAUCAAAUAAAUUAUUUACUCAUUA